GAUCGUAUGCCCUUGCCUAAAAUUUCGGAAAUAUUUGAAGAAUUGAAAGGUGCAUCUGUCUAUUCCACGUUAGAUCUAAAAUCAGCUUUUAACUCAUUGAAACUAAGGGAUGAUCAUGCCCAUAAGUUAGCAUUUUCAUGGAACUCUGUCCAAUAUGUCCCUAUCGGUACACCUUUUGGUUUAAAGCACGUUUCUAGUGUUAUGCAGAGAACCAUGAGUAUCGUCCUU